AUGUCUCCCGUUCCUAAACCUGCGUAUCCGCCGUCGCUGGCCGACUGGGAAGACCAUCGAGCUGUCAUAACACGGUUGUAUGUGGAAGAAGACCGGAAUUUGUCUGAAGUCCAACACAUUCUUUGCCACAGGUACCAUUUUAAAUCUUCGUUGCGGUCCUACAAGAAUAGACUGAGAGGAUGGGGCAUCCGCAAACACUACAGAUCAAGCAGCCGGACGUGGUCGCCGAGUAUCUUCAGCAAUCUCGAGCUCCCAUCUCUGUCGACUUUGAGCACCAAAUCCUCCCCCAGCCAUAUCAAGGACGAGGACAAUGACACAGCUACAGGCUGUUCUCGGGUGCUUUCACCUACAUCGAGCGAUUCAGGCGGGACUCCGCACCGGCAGUCCGAUGUGCUUUCUCUUGGGAUCCUGACACCAGUACACGGUAGACGGGCGAUGAUGAAGCGACAACCCAGCAACACGACCUCGAUACCUAACUUCAUACUCAAGGACGACUUGAACGAUACGACCAAUGCCAUAAUCAUGGCCACCAAAGCUUUCAUCACCACCGCCGUUGGAGCAGACCUUGCUGUCCCUACCCGGAUCUCGUCCGAGCAAUCAAUCAAGCAGAUAAUGCCAUUCAGACGACGGAAGAAUUAUAUCUGGCACCAAUUCCAGCAUGGGCUGACCCUUUUGGAGCAAGCGAACUUCCCCACUGCGUUUGAAGACUUGCAAAGAGGUUGUGCCAUGGCCGAAGGAUAUCUGCUGCGCCCAACAAGACAAAUCCUAAUGAGUCUGUUGGCUGUGAUGGGAAACCGCCGCUGGAGCCGACACCAGCAAGCAUGGAUGUCCGUUGUGCGAUUCAUGGCUUCCAUGUCAUCGAAAACACUAGGGCCACGACACCCGCUCGCCUGCAUCAUGAAGAACAUGCGAAGCUGGGAGAUGAUGCGUAUUGCCGCCCAACCCGCGAUGAGAGUCGUCCUCGAUACGUCCUCCCGAGCGCUCGGUCCAGGGCAUCCCGAAGUUUUACUCCUCAAACAAGGCCUGUGCGUGGAGCUGAUGCGUGCCGGCGACUUUGACGCAAGCGAGGCGCUGAUCCUCGAGGCCUGCGACACCAGCGCCGCGUCCCACGGCCACUCUAGCCUGGCGCGACGAAAUUGUCUCCGCAGACUGGGCAACCUUUACGUCGAACAGCAGCACUGGGACGAUGCCGAGAGCGUAUUCGAGAAGGUCAUUGCCCUUGACUCGGAGGCCAACCGCUACCACGGACCGACGGACGAGACCAGCGUCUUUACGUGCCAGAAUCUGUCACACUUGAACUGUCGAAGAGGCAACCUGGCGAAGAGCGACUAUUGGGCGCAACAGGAGCUGGACCUGGCCCUGAAAGUCUACGGACCGGAGGAUGAAUACUAUGUGGAUUGUCUGACCAGGAGGGAUGCGCGGCUCAACCGCGAGUCUUGCGACAGGUGGUUCUCAUGGUUGGAGGUCAGCUGA